GCUGCAGCCAUUGCGCACAGCGCGGCAGACGCGCAUUCAACAGGAGGCAGCGGCGGCGUGCGGAAGGGAAGCGCCUUCGGUCCGCCUCUGCCCUGUUUCGCAGCCGCCCAGCCAGCCAGCCCGGCCGCCAGCCAUGGCCAAGGAAGGAGGCGAGCAAGCCGAGGAGACCGAGCAGAUGAUCGAGAAGGAGCCGGCCGAAGGCGGCGGCUGCAGCGGCCGAGCCCGAGCCGAGGACGCCAAGGAGAUGCGAGCCGUGGUGCUGUGCGCCUUCGGCGGGCUCAACAAGCUGCGGGUGGCCAAGAAAGCCAUGCCGGAGCCUCAGGAAGGGGAGCUCAAGAUCAGAGUCAAAGCCUGUGGCUUAAAUUUUAUUGAUCUGAUGGUUCGGCAGGGGAAUAUUGACAAUCCGCCCAAAACCCCGCUUGUACCUGGAUUUGAAUGCUCUGGAAUUGUAGAAGCUCUGGGUGAAAAUGUGAAAGGUUAUGAGAUUGGAGACAGGGUCAUGGCUUUUGUCAACUACAACGCCUGGGCAGAAGUCGUGUGCACGCCUCUCGAAUUUGUGUACAAAAUCCCGGACGAUAUGAGCUUUUCAGAAGCUGCUGCCUUUCCUAUGAACUUUGUCACUGCCUACAUGAUGCUGUUUGAAGUCGCCAACUUGAGAGAAGGCAUGUCGGUGCUGGUUCACUCUGUAGGAGGCGGGGUGGGCCAAGCUGUGGCACAGCUCUGCUCAACUGUCCCCGACGUUACCGUCUUUGGAACAGCUUCCUCCUUCAAGCAUGAGGCAAUCAAAGAUUCGGUGACUCACCUCUUUGACCGGAAUUCAGACUACGUCCAAGAAGUCAAAAAAAUCUCUGCAGAUGGUGUAGACAUUGUUCUGGAUUGCCUUUGCGGAGAAAACACAGGGAAAGGCCUUGGUCUUCUCAAACCCCUUGGGACUUAUAUUUUAUAUGGCUCAUCAAACAUGGUUACUGGGGAAACCAAAAGUUUCUUCAGCUUUGCAAAAUCAUGGUGGCAAGUGGAGAAAGUCAACCCAAUCAAGCUAUACGAAGAGAACAAAGUCAUGGCUGGAUUUUCUCUCUUAAACCUGCUUUUCAAACAGGGCCGAAGCGGCCUGAUUAACAAUGUAAUGGACAAACUCAUAACACUGUACAACGAGAAGAAGAUCAAGCCACGGGUUGAUUCAUUAUGGGCACUGGAAGAGGUGAAGGAAGCAAUGCAAAGAAUCCAUGACAGAGGCAAUAUAGGUAAAUUAAUUCUGGAUGUGGAGAAGACACCAACUCCAUUGAUGGCCAAUGACAGCACAGAGACCAGUGAAGCCGGAGAAGAAGAAGAGGACCAUGAGGGGGACAAUGAGAAUAAAGAGCGUAUACCGUUCAUCCAGCAAUAGCUGAGACGGGUGGGAAUGAAAGCCAGGAAGAAAAAAAUGGAUCGAGCAGAAGAAGGGAAGACGACUGCGAAAUCCAUUUUUGCGUACCAGUGAACAAAUGCUCUAGUACAGUGUGUGUUGUUUAUUUGUCUGCAGUCAGCUGAGCUAUAAGCUGUUGGUCAUUGAUGUUUUGAACUCAAGUGCCAUUCCCACCCAAUACGGUAUUAACAUUCCAUCCUGUGGCACCACGUCAGCCAGUCAAAAUCCUUCUCUAAAGCCUUAUAUUUGGUCAUUUCGACACCACAAGCUUGUCUCUUUGGCCUCUUCCACACCCGCAGAAUAAUGCACUAUCAGUCCACUGUCAGUGCACUUUGCAGCUGUACGGAAUAGCAAAAUCCACUUGCAGACUCUUCUAUGUGGAUUAAAAGUACACUGUACUGCAUGUGUGGAAGGGACCAUACAGCUUUGAAGACCAGUUUUCAAACUGUUUUAGCAGGGCUUUAUUUUCCCCUUUCCCAAUUGCAGCCAACUCAUUAUCUUGUAAAGCGAAAUCAUUAUAAAAGGAUGAUUUCCAGCGAAUGAGGGUCCAGGAUCCCCUUCUGUUUUAGUGGACUGGUUGGCCUGUUCCUUCAGCCAAGGGUCUUCAUUCCAUGCAAGAGGGAGCAUGCCACAGUGAGCUGGGAACUAUGGCAUCAGCCCAAGGAUGCAUUCUCCCUCAUGAAUGGGGGAACAUGUGAAAUGGGUUUCCAUGCCAAAAGGUGCAUCUGGCUCACAUAAUGCCUUGUACAGAUGAAGCUACUUUCUCCACCACAAAAAUAAUAAUCAGCCCAAGCAUCAGUGACAGUUCUGUGCAUAGAACUGGAUACAACCAACUGGGCUUGUAUGGGGGUUUUUUGCAACUCUUAUAGGUGUCAGGAAAAUAAGAAUUUUCUGCUGAGCCUCAGUGCCAGGUGUCCUAGCCAUUUCAUUUCCAAAUUAUAUUUUGUCUUCUGAAACAGAAUUCUCAAUUUCUCAAAGAUGUAGAAUACCUCAGUCAUAAAUUCAAGAUAUUAUAUUGCUUGGUGUAAAAAAGAAAGAGGCCAGAAGAGUCUGACAAACAUUACCUGGUAUAGGUGUACAUACAGUAAUCAUCAAGACCACUUGUCUAACUGAAAAUUAAUUCAUUUGUGGCGCCAACACAUAUGUUGGCCCCUCAGACUUUUAUUGCCUUACAUAGAAAAAUCCCCAGGGUAGCUCUUUCUGGUCCUAAAAGUUGUUUCUCCACAAAGAAAUACAAGAUAUCUUUUUGUUUUAAUGAAUUUAAAGCAAAAAAAAAUGCAUUCUUUAAAAAUAAGGAUACUGAUUGCUGUUCAGCACGUUGGGAGAAAUGCUGGUUUGUUGAUCUUACACCUAUGGAUCAAAAUUGUGCCAACGUACUUCAUCUAAGCCCUAAGUAAUUCUUCACUCAGCACGGAGCUCUUUGCUUCACUCAGAUUCAAUCACAGCUGUGUUGUACCCUAAGCAGAGUUAUACACUGCUAAAUCCACUGAUGUCUGUUGAAAGGGAAUAACUAUAGGCCAGCUCAUGUUGUGUUUUACACACAUUCCUACCAAAGAUUGGCAGCCAUGUUGGAGCUGUGAUUCCCCCAUUGGCUACGGAAGCAUAAUUUGUGUUGGAACUACACUAUGGGUAGAGAAGUGCCUUCUGCAUUCCCCACAUACAGUUUUCCUGAGUCCAAAACAUGGGUAGUGUUAUUUGCCCCAUGGGGGGUUGUUCAUGCACACGCAGCCAUCUCCUCACCCAGUGGAGCAAAUAACACAACCACCAUUUCAUCUCCAGGAAGCAAUGAAGGGAGGCAGGGGCCCCUUUUCCCAUGGUGCCACAGUCCAAAUCUGAAUGAGGCCCUCGUGACACUUUUACAUUGAGUUGCCACCAGGGACUUGUGCUGGCAGUAUGGUUGCAAGUCCCUGUGGCAAAUGGGUAAAACGUAACAUCUAGUUUGACCUUAGGUUUACACUGAAAGGGAAAGGUCCAUAGAUUCCAACACCCAGGCCUUUCUCUAGUUGGCACAGUGGAUUCACGCCUUCGUAAUUCUAGCAUUACACUAAAUUCUUGUGUUGCUGAAAGAAAUUACCAUGCCUAAGUGUUUUAACAAGACAUUAAUACCUAACAGCAUUUUUAAGGAAAGAAAAAGAAACAGUUACUAACAUUCUCCUGAAUUUCCCAAGAAUGGGCAAGUUUGGGUUAGUGUGGUAUGUCAUUUUUCAGUGUUUCUCUUAUUAUUUUUCUAUUUUUCCCACAUAGUAUUCAGUGUAUAAAUGUCGUCUUUUCCAUAGUUAUGAAAUUUAGGCUGUGAUGAUAAAUCACAGUUUAGCGCCCACUAGGGGUUAGUUUGAUUCUGAAUCCACAAAGCUACAGUAGUGAACCACUUAGGUUAGGGUGACAAAAAAUGCCAAAAAAAGAGAGAAAAGAAAAGCAUCUGUCGUCAAAGUGUUAGAACCAACAAUCAGAUUUGUGAGCACAACUGAGCAUAACUCCAUCCUUUUUCUUCAUCUGGCUCCUCAUGUGAGUCUCAGAGCCAUAUUAGGCCACAAUUUGCAGUCAAAACGCAUUCACUAGGAAUUGCACAGUCAUAAGGACUGCAUUUGAAGACUUUAAAAAGAAACAGCCAUUCCAUUUCGGUCAAAAAGUAAGCUAGGUUCCACAGUCUAACAUAAAGUUGAGCCCUGAGGCCUACAUAUUUUAACAUUUUUAGAUGAGAUUAACUCUGUACUAGGUUGUGGCUCAUGUGUAUGCAUUCUUUUCAUGAUAAAACCAUGGGACGGUUCACACAACUGCUUUUUUUAACGUGCCAAAAUGAAUCUUGCACAUUGAUUUCAUUUCAGAAGCCAGUCUUGUGACUAUUUUAAAAUCUCCCCAUCUUGUUGCAGUUUCUGAGGUUUCCCAAGCAGAGAAGAACUCACAAAAUGUAGGAACACUGAAGUUUCCAGAAGAGCAAUUCAGUAUGUCUAAACAAAUCAGGGUUUUUUUUAAAGGGUGUGUGGGGUUUUUUUUUAAAUCAAGAGUUGUUUUAAUCAAAAAUGGCAGACAACAGUGAAAAAUGCUCUUGUUAAAAGUAAAUUGUAAGGUAUGACAGGAGUGAAAGAUAAGUUGCAAAAAUAAUGGUUAAUUUUCCCUCAGGCAGUUCAGACUGAAAUGUGAGUUGAACAAAUAUGGAGUAAGGAACCUGAACUGUCAUAAGCAUUAGAAAUGGGUCAUCUAGUCCACCACCCUGUUUCCUGCAAUGAUUAGACAGACAUGUCAUAGAACCCCACGAACAGGGUUGUAUCUUUGGUUGGACUUAUCCUCUAGAGAUUUGUCUAGUUCCUUUUUAAAAAUAUCCAGCACUAUAUCCACACAUGGUUGGAUAUUGGACCCUCACUGAACUGUAGCAUUUGUUCACAACUACAUACGUCUACAUAAGAAAUCUCAUUGCAAUACCCAACCAUGUGUGUAUGCAGCUUACAAAAAAGAAUAUUUGUACAGUUUAUACACACAAUGCUGUCCUUUGCAGUAUUACUCUAAGCAGAGUUACGCCCUUCUAAGUCCACUGAGGGUGCAAUUUUGCAUUCGACUACACUGUUGCUGAACUGUUUCCACAAUCUGUCUUUUUUUUUUUAGCAAUGUCAACCAACAAAAUCCAGAAAGUACAUAUGGGUUUUUGGAUGGGAAGGGAAUUUCAGUGUGUUUAGUCAAUGCCCCUUCUCAAGAGAAAACAUGGAAAAUAAUGUUGGACCAAAAAAAAAAGUAUUAGCCAGGUGUUGUUUUCAAAUCAGUGCUCAGUGUUUGAACAGAAUGACAGAAGCCCUGGGAUCUAACCAGCUUUUCUGUUAGUGAGAAGGAUCUUCUGUGAACACCCCAAAAGGCUACGCUAAGAAUCAUGGAACAUGCACAGACAAAAAGGUCAUGUGGAACAGGGGGGAGGUGAAGGAGAAUUGGAUGAAAUUAAUUGAAAAAAAACUGGCAGGAUCCAGUCCCUAGAGACAUCUUUGCACAAUGGCUCUUCACAAUAUAAAUUUAUCAUUUUGCCAAGCUGCAUCUGACUUGUAGAAAGAGACAUUCAAGAUGAUGUGCAUGUCAUGUCAGCCUGCACUGAAAUUUUGGGAUAAUUGGCCCCAAAGUGAUCCAGGGAUGAUUCAGCAUUGUACACCACCUACAUUUUAACUUGCUGCUGCCUUCUCUUUGUGGAAAGAAACUAAUCCCCACUUUACCCAGUGCAAAUUUCCACUUCCUUUUGAAGAUUCUCAGGUGUUUAAAAUAAAUAAAUACCCCAAAGACCGUGGGCAUGCGCUCAUAUACAUUCAGACUGCUGGAAUAAGCAAAGUGCAAUAUUUCUCCUUGUUUUGGUGCGAUUUUUCCUCAGUGUAUUUUCAACAAUGGAGAAUGAAGGCUGAAAGGAAACACUUGCCCAGGUGUAAUUUGAAAAGAGAUGUUUUUAUUAAGCCAAUUCAGCACCUCAUCAGGAUUGUUUUUUGUUUCUACAGAUGUCUUGACAGGACGAGAAUUACAUAAGGCAACAUAUGUUAAUUGUUGUUUAUGAAUGUCUGCCAAAAGACAAGCCAUGUUCAAUUGAUCUUUUGUAAUCCUUCGGUAGCCAGUGGCAGCUUGCAUGGGAAAUCCAGUUGCAGGCAGUGUCCAGAGCAAACUGCUACAGCCAGAUACACGCAACCAUUAUGUGCACAUGAGUCGCACAGAUUGUUCAGUCUCACACUUAACUCUGGCUUCAGAAUUGCAGCAGGGAGCCCUGUUUGUGGAUAACUUGUUUCCUUGAGGAUUCAGUUACGGGAACCCUGCUGGGAGAUUUUCUAUCUUUAGAAAAUGUUACUUUGGAACUAGGAUAGAAAUGAACUUGCACUGCACGGAAAGUUAUUUCACAAUCCAAUGAAGUCAAAACUGUCCCAUGUGUUCCUGAGUGCAAAGCUGAAAUCUGUAGUCAUCAGUAUUCAUUUCAUCUGUAUUCAUCAGUACACGAAGGGUACAAUCACGUGAGGGUUUUUCCUGCAUCUAGCUUAAAAUUCCCAGGAAAACAACAGUCUUUUGCGUCAGCAUUGCACUUUGACUCUGGUGGAAAGCAAAUGCUACAUUAUAAUUCCCCUUCUGUUACAGAAACAGAUGAGCGAUCAGUCAGCACAAAUUGUGUCUUGAUUGUGUGGGUCAUUCACUUCAACCCCCUCCCUAAAUUCACUUAUACUGUUAAAUGUCUGGGAAAGCUUAUACUGUUAAAUGUCCAGGUGGUCUUCCUGAGUCUGUUCCCCUUUGGGAUACAUGUAGAGUAGUUGCGUGUUCACCCCGAGAUCAGAAAUUUCUUGCUCAUAACAAGCAGGGCCCUGUUGUAGCCUAGCUAUUUCUCCAUGUGCUAGCUUUCCAUGUGCAGGGCAUGUUCAGGAUACAGGUGAAUUCAAACAUGUGAUUCCCCACUUGCUUUUUCUGAACGUAUAGGUUGGCUCUUAAUCACACGUCUCACACAAAUGAGUAUUCCCGUGGACUUUGAUAGAACUGCUCUCUAAGACAUGCUUCUGUAUUUUACCAGUUGAAGCUAAGUUUUUGGAGCUUUGCAGAACCAAGAUUUGAGAUGAAAAAUAAAACCUAAGAUCCCCAAGGACAAAGGAUGGAAGAAUUCCUUUUCAUCAUGGUAAGAAGGGUUCCACAUAAAAUGUGUUUUCUCAGUGUUAUGAAAGGGCAGGGGGUUGAGAAACUGCCAAUGCCAUACUAUAUAGAGCUAUACCCAUCUAAAUCCAUUGAAGUCAGUGGGCUUAGAAUGACAGAACUCUGCUUAGGAUGCCACUGUGAAUUAUUCCCUGUCCACUACACUUGGACCUUUUCCCACUUAUCUAAUUAAUGGGUUAUUUUCUCCAAGCCAAAGCAAAUUGUUUCUCAAUCAGUAUCACAGAACUGAGAAGACCUCUCUUGAACAUCUACCCAAAUGAAGUGAACUGAAACACUGGUUUUAAUUGUUACUUGUUGCUUUAGAGCUUUUGUUAUUAUUGUGCCUACCAAGCAAAUGAUGUUUACAUUUAAAAAUAUAAAUAAAAUAUGAAGCAUAGCAUUAA